UGUUAUUCCUUUUAGAAAAGAGGCUUUAACAAAGCCAUAUCAACAACCAUAUUAGCAGCACAUUCCUACAUGACGGUCAAAUGAAACGGGUCACUAGUUCAACGACCCCCUAAUCCCAUCUGGGGACAUGUCGCUAGCUAGCUGGCUAAAGUAAAACAUUUGGAUCCAACAGACAUGAAGCGCUCCGGGAGGAGACGGAGCUCUGUGUGGGACUGCUUUGAACAAGUGGGGAGCUUUGUUCGCUGCACGAAAUGUGAGGUUACGCUGAAGUACUGCGGCGGAGCCACCAGCUCCAUGAUAAACCACAUGAGCAGGUACCAUCCAUCCCCAACACCCCCCGACGAAGACGAGAAACCGGUGAUCUGCGGGGGCCAUUGUAUCGACGAGGAGAGUACGGCUAAUUCAGACAUCAUGCAGGUGUCUGUCAUGUCACCCAACGUUAACAUGACAAGCGCCCAGCACGAGCGUGACUAUGGGGAGAGAAAGCGCCUGAAGCGGAGCUCUGUUUGGGACAUUUUUAUUAAAGUGGACGACGAGGUCCACUGCACUUUGUGCGACACGAAGCUGAAAUACAAGAGCAGCACUACCAGUAUGAUGUACCACAUUAAAAACAAGCACCCGGACUCUGUGCCUAACGAUGGUGUGUCAGUAGCAACACAUGCAGAGGUGACUGAGCUGAUCUGCAGAAUGAUAGAGAAGGACCUGCUUCCCAUCAGUGUGGUCAAUGGGGAUGGUUUUAGGGACCUUCUUGCAUACACUGUGCCCAACUAUAAGAUGCCAUCUCCCGGGGAUAUUACCCGUCUUAUUGAGGGCCAUUUCCAGGAGAAGGUAGAGGAGCUUAUAGGGCAGCUGGGGAAGGUGGAGAAAGUUGCUCUCACUGUUGACAUCUGGACAGCUCUUCAGUUCCAGAGGUACACUACAGUUUCCUGCUCAUUCAUAACAGAAGACUGGCAGGGGAGAUCUGCUGUGCUGCAGACACACAAACUAUCAUCAGACAGCCACAAUUCUGCAGACAGCAUCACGGAAAGCCUUCUUAACACUGUGCAUAACUGGGGUCUUGCUGGAAAAGUGACAGCGUGUGUUCACAACAACACAGAGGACAUAUUUUCAGCCCCUGCAUGCCCCCCUGUUACAUGGGACUACGCCACUUGCUUUGCCACUACAUUGCAGCUUGCAGUCAACGAUGGGCUUAGCGAGGAUAUAGUCCGCAUCAUUGCUGCUGCAGGAAAACUAGUCAAGCACUUUAAUCAUAACCUGCUGGCAAGUGAGGCAUUGGUGCAAAAGCAGGUUCAGAUGUGCCUGCCUCAGCACAAGCUCAUCCAAUCACAGAAAGCUAGAUGGGACACAAUUUGCGACAUGUUUGAGCGGUUACUGGAGCAGCGGUGGGCAAUCAAAGCUGUGCUUUCUGAUCGCACAUUUACCAACAGACAGGAAGCCCAGAUUCUUGAGAUUGGGGAUGAUUGUUGGCAAAUAAUUGAGAGUUUCACACCUGUGCUGGCAACACUGAAAUGGGCAACUACAGUGAUAUCUGCAGAAACAGAAGUAUCCAUUUCAAACAUCUAUCCGAUCACAUUCAGUCUCAUUCAGAUCCACCUUGUGCCCAAAGAGCAUGAUGUUGAACAAGUCUCUGAGUUCAAAAUGAAGGUUCAGAAGUCACUUAGAAAUCACAUGGAGGUUGACUCCAACGACCUCGCCUCGAAACCAGCCCUGAUCGCCUCCAUGCUGGACCCCCGCCACAAACAUCUCAGCUUCCUUACACCGACAGGAAGACUGGCUGCAAAGGUUAAACUGCAUGAACUGGUAUCAAAACAAGAUGUGAUCACAAAAGACGAGCAGCAAGAGACCCCGGUAACACCUGGUAUUAGCCAGGUACCUUUGCCCUCACAAACAAGAAGUGACACCAAAAACACCAUGAUGUUGCUCCUGGGAGACAACUACAGCUCUUCCUAUGCUACGGACUCUGAGGCCCAGGUAGAUUACUACCUGAGAGACAUUGCUCCCUCACUGGACAUAAAUCCUCUGGACUGGUGGAGGGUAAAUGGACCAAGAUUCCCAAAACUGGCCACUCUGGCAAGACAUUACCUGUGCAUACCUGGGGUGUCACUGCCAUCUUUGUUGUCUGAGGCUGGACAAACUUAUUCAACAAUACGUACAAGACUUAGUCCAGAGCAUGUUGACAUGAUGAUCUUUGUAAACAGAAACAUUUAAUCUAAAUUACCCUGUAUAAUUAAGGAGUUAUUGUAGGACUGUUAGGCAACUAUUUGUUGCCUUUAAUGUUAUAUACAACCACUUAUUAAUGGGUUUUCCCUGAUUCUACUAUUUAUAGGUUUGAGUUUGAAUAACUAUUUUUUGUUUCAAUGUAUACAACAUUUUUCCAAACUUCUAUUAUAAUUAAGAUAUUUUAUUUGUGGAAAGUGAAAACUAAUUAAGAAAACAAAAAGAUGCAAUGUCUUUCAGCAUACAAACAACGGCCUAAAAAAUACUAUUUUUUAAGUUAGGCGAGGCAAAAGAAACCACUUAUGCUUAUUUAAUAAAGUCAACAUGUCUUAACAUUCAGGGUUCGUUUAAACAGUUUUAAUUAGAUGCACAAUAUCUGCAUAUCGAUAUUGGCAUAUUGGCCAUAUAUGUGAAUGAAUGUGUGUAGUUUAAAUUUUAAAGUGUAAUUUAAGGAAUCAAGUUCAAGGUCAGGACUACAAUUGCAUAUCAGUGCUGAUAUUGGUAUCAGCCAAAAUGCAUUGCAAAAAUUGGCACAUUAAAUCUUGGCAAAAAUUUCCAUAUUGUGCUUCUCUAGAUUUGUUUUUGUAAUGUGAGCUACAAUAGAGGGAUUUUGUGUCAGUAAACAGCAAAAACACGAUCGUAGCUUUCAGCUUAUUCCUACUGAACUUAUGAGCAGAGCUAAUUUAACCUACAUACUCACUGACCAAAGAGCCAACCAAUAGUCAAAUUACUGCAAGAAACUUAAAGUUGUCUUAACUUUUGGUAAGCCCUGUAAAGAAAAAAAAAAAAGCACUUCUUAAAACCAGGGUUUCUACGUGCUUUAACGUGUGCAGAAGCAAACAGAAGAACAAAAUAUGAGCUCAUACAAAAAUACAUUUUUCUGGCCUUCAGUUAAGGUUUAGUUGCAGUCAAAUCUGCGCUGAGGGCCUGACUGCUAUGGAAACUCUAAGCAGCCUAGAUUUUUUAAAUUCACCAGCCGUGGUGGCUGGAAGGCAAAAAUGUUCAUUUCCAUCACUGCCACUAUCAUGGGAAAAGCAGACUUGUUGCAAGAAAAGGAGUUAAAUGAGUUGAAAUGUUAAGAAAACAUUUAAAUAUACCCAUUAUCAUGGUAAAAUAAAUGUAGGAAUGCAUGUCCAUAGGUCUUCAGUAAUUCAUUAACUUUUGGCUCCAGACCCACCAGAACCACAAAUUUAAAGGACAUGGAGAAACAAACCUGCAAAUCAGGUUGUUUCUCCAUUUCUGAGAUCCAUCAGUGUUAUUUCAUUCCAUCAAGCUUUGUGUUAACGAUCAUUGCCAUGUCUGUUUGUCACAAUUCCUUCUUCAGUCAGCUUAUUUUAAAAAUGUAUUUCUUUUAACCUUUAUUUAACCAGGGAAACUUAAUUGAAAUUAAAAAUCUCAAUGAGCUCUGCAUCACAUGACAGUCCACAAAGUUCUCUGCUUCCCUCGGCAUUUUCCCCCUUAAAACAGGAUUUCUGAUUUUAAAAAUUGAAUAUGUUUAAAAUGUACCAUUUUAAAUUGCGGCAGCCCUGGUUGUCUUGUGAGCAAAACAGGGAGGUUAAAAAUCCUUCUUAUCACACCUCACACCACAGGAAAAUCUGUUAAUAUAAUCUUCAGCCGUCAGGUUAUCAUGCCUUUGCUAACUUUGGUUGGAAAGUGGGGAAUUGGGUGCAAAAUUGGCCCAGUAACAUGGUACCCCUCUAUAGGAAGUGUCUGAUAAAUUAUUUCUCUAAAUUGAUGUCCAAAAUCAGGACCACUCCAGAUUUUCCUUAAACCAGCACCUCUAUAUGCCUGGAAGCCAUUCUAUUCUGGUUUCUACUAAAUUAACACUCUUUUUACAUUGGAGGACUGAUUUGGUCAUAUUCUGAUAAGCCAAUAAACAAAGCUGAACUGCUUUUUUUUUUAGCCAACUGCAGUGUAAAAGGCUGGUGGUGAGCAUGUACCCAAAAGCAGUUUCCAUCCAGGCCAUCGUUUUGAUCUGUUUGACGGUGCACUCUCUCCUACUGCGCCCGUUAAUUCAUGAUGAUUAUUUGCUUAUCAUUUGAAAUGCACUGCAUGCUCCAUGUGUUCUUAGUCAGACUCCUUUUCUUAGACAAUCUGCUCUUUUCAGCUUGGCACCUGCUGGAAGUGGCUUUGUUGAAAAUACUCGACAUGCAUCUCCAUGUAGUAGAUUGGUGCUUCUGGCAUGUGUGAAAACUGCAGAUUAUUCUCCAAAUAUUGACUUCUGGAGUCCUGGGUUAAAACAUUUGUAUUCUGUUGUUUAAAUACAAGUAAAAACUUGUUUACAUUUUUUCUGGGUCAGAGAUUUUUCCAAGUGGUCUCUUCAUUAUUUCCCACAGCUGAAGAUUAUCACUCUCAAAUGUAGUCCACAACAUUGAAACACUGACUUAUUUUUCCCAUUUCCCCACGUGACUUGAUGGCUGAGACUCUUGGUUUAGAACAGUCGGCCAGUAGUAAAAAUUAUAUCAGCAACAUCUGAUGUAAAACAUGUAGGCUUCAAAUGCUUGGCAUUUAAGAUUGAACAUCUGGCAUGCCAUUAUGUCUAGUGGAGAGUCAUGUCUACUCCUUUAGAUACACCUGCCUUACCUUAACACAGGUGUUAUGCAAACUAUUAUGUAAACUCUGAAUUGGGAAAUCACUGCUGUUUUGUUUCCAAGAAAGAGUGCUACAUUAUACUAGUGUACUAUCCAAGUAAGUGUGCUCUCACUGGGAAAACUACCCUCUUUAAGUUUACCAGUUUUGCUGUGAUAUAUACUGUGAUGCUGAGUGUGCUAUGCCAACAUUAAA